GGUUAAUCGGUGGAGGCGUGAUGACUGCCUGGAUCUGAGUCUGGGUGGAGUGACGUUGGACGGUCGCUGGUAGAAAGUUUUAAUUAGCGGAUUUAAAACACCAAAAUGCUUCAGUCACAAAUACACUUUUGCUGAACUCCUGAAUUUAAGGAAGGGAAUAAAUUAUCAUAAAUAGUCUGCUAGUUUUUGAACGUCCAGCGAAGAUGGGAGACGUCAGUGAAGAGUCCUUACUGGAUUACAUCUUCAGGGCAGGGGGAAGGGUUAAGAACGCAGACUUAUUAAAAACAUACAAACAUUUUAUUAGCCAUAAUGACCAGCAACUGCGUGCCAAAUACAGAGAGGAGUUCAAACUCGUCAUUGACAGGAUCGCCGUGGUGAAGUCAGAGAAUGGUGAGAAGUACCUGGUGCUGAAAAAGAAAUACAAGCAGCUGAUGCAGGAGAGAGAGGCGGGGCGGGCGACCGACAGCAAGGCCGGCCCCCCCAGCCUCGUCGUCACGGCGCCGAGGGAGGUGGGAGAGGCCCCCUCCUGCCCCCAGGGCUCCGGCUCCUCAGAGGACCCUCGUCCCCAUGCCAGGGGCCCCGCUGGGAAGCCGGAGGUGGCCAAAUCCGCCUCGGUGUACCACCAAGGGCCCACCAUCACCAUCACGGGAUGCCCCGACAGUGACAGCCCUGAAGAGGGGCAGCGGACAGAGGAGGUGGAGGGGCAGCUCUCCCCUGCCGGAUCAGAAGAAAUUCUGGAAUCGGAACCCGAAGAGCUUCCGGAAGACACCGCCAUCCCUACCGAUGGGGAAGACCAAGCUGAUGGGGACACGGGUUCAAAGUCAGACCUGGAGCAGGAAGAGGAGGGCACAGGCAGCAUAGGAUCCAACUCUGUGGCUUUGGAUCCUCUGGAGAAAGAGUGGAUGCACUCUGCAGCCUGUGGCCGACUGGCCCACCUUUCACAGCUACUCAAACAGGAGCCCUCACUCGCCUACAAGAAGGACUUUACUUCAUUUACCGCCCUGCACUGGGCCGCCAAGCAUGGCAAAGGGGACAUGGCGGCCAUGAUGGCCAACGCGGGGGCUGACGUCAACACCAAAGCUGGCUACACCCCCCUGCACAUCGCCGCCCUGCACGGUCACCGCCACAUCGUCGACCUGCUCAUCGGGACCUACGGUGCCAGAGAGAACGUGCGGGAUUACAGCGGACACCUGGCCUGCCACUACCUCGGCACGCGGGAGGACCGGGGAGCGUACCCCGGACUAGAGUUCCAGGUGGCCCAGAGCACUGAGCGGAGGAACAGGAAGCUGGCGGCCCUCUUCCACCACAAAGGCUCCGGUGGCUCCCGAAAAAAGUGGGGCUCGGUGGAGGACCUGGGUGCAGGGGCCGAAGAGAGGGCCACACCCCAUCAGCUGGCCCUGCCCGCCUUCCGGCCCCGCAAGUUCUCACGCUAAGGCUGACAAUGGGCUCGAAUGCACACACACACGCACACGCAGGCACACACGUGCACAUGCAGGCACACACGUGCACACGCAGGCACACACGUGCACAUGCAGGCACACACGUGCACACGCAGGCACACACGUGCACAUGCAGGCACACACGUGCACACGCAGGCACACACAUAUACACAUGCACACACCCCAAUGCAUGACCUUACUCACACACACACACACGUGCACACGUACACACGCAUAUACACACAUACACACGUGCACACACAGGCACACGCAUACACACGCAGGCACACACAUACACACGUGCACACACCCCAAUGCAUGACCUUACUCACACACACACACACACACACACACACACACACAUGCAGGGCAGUAUCAGGCUGGUGACAGUAACACACACAGGGCCGGUCGGGUUCAGGGAUUCCAUUAUCAAUCACACAGCUUUUUCAAACUUCGGGUCAUUGUUGUUAUUUUUGGAACAUGUGACCAGUGCACCUGAGCCUUGUCCCUGUGAUCAGCUUAAGGAAAAUAUUAAAAAUAUUAAUAUUGAAAAUAUUUUUUAAAUAUCUGCAUCCUGGAAAGUUGUGGAAAGUGUGCAUUAAUUCCACUACCAAAAAUCGAAGUUUCUUGUAUUAUUAGAAUAUUGUUUUCAGUUGGUAGAAAUUGCUUCGGGAUAAACUGAGGCAAAAUACAUUAGUGUUUUGUUUAGCAUGGUCACUGAUACUGUAACUUUAAAGGUGUCUGUUACAAGUCAGCCAAUCCUGUUUCCUGUGGAGUACUUACAGACUUCUCUCACAUAACAUGCACUGUGUCACAUAAGAAGUGCAUGGACCUGGAGAUAACCAGAUAACUAAUUUACUUGGUAUUGAAUGAUAUCGAAUAUUUUCAAUUGAUGUCAGUGUUGUGAUACCAUCAGUAUUUAUUACCAUUUAAUUGCUUUCGUUAUAUUUGCCGUUUUAGGCCAUUAUAGGUCAUUUUUAGGGCCUGAAUGUAAAAGCAAAUGUGCAGGAAGGUAGAUUUUCAUUCUUUAGUAUGUACUGCUGUGUUCUGUCAACUUUUCAUGUAACAUUCUAUGCGUAAAUAGUACAUAAUUUGGCAGUAGCUGAGAAGCCAUAAAAACUCUACCUUACCUUAAUCAUGUAGGUUCCAGUUAGAAAUAUGAUUCGUAUCACCAUUCUGGAUUUUUAUUAUAUUUUCUGAGCUUUACAUACACCUUUUUCUCUGUCAAAAUACCAAAGACUUCAUCGCAAAAGCUUACUUUGCACACUUUGUAUUUAAUAUGUAAAUUGCUGUUCUGUAAUUGAAUGGCUUUGGCUUCUUAUGUUAUGUGUACUUUUAGUUAUUCCUCUUGUCUUACCUUAUUGGUGGACUGAAGAUGUACCAAGAUGGUGGACGAUUUGGUCCUUGCCGAAUAAAGAACAAAGGAUCAUUGA